GUAUGCGGUAUCGUUUUUCACGCAUUUUAUUGGUGUUUUAUAUUUUUCUUUUCUCUCCUGUUUUAGUUUGUUUUGGAGAAGGUAGAUUUGAUGGGAAACUCGCAGGCGAAAAAGCGUGAAGCUGAAUAUUCCGGAAAUGUUGAAGCGAGAAAUACUUCCAAAGUUCUAUCACCGCGAUUUCAACAACAAGAAGAAGCGUCUUUCAAUAUUCAUCUUCAUGGUAAGAAAAAGCUCGCUACGAAGGAGAAAUAUGCUUUAAUUCCUGAUAAUUUUACAACUCUUGAACAGGUUACAAGUGCCUUGAGGCAUGAAGGUUUAGAAUCCUCAAAUCUUAUCCUUGGAAUUGAUUUUACGAAAAGCAAUGAAUGGACUGGCAGAAGCUCGUUUAAUAAUAAAAGCCUGCAUUCUAUUGGAGGGACACCUAACCCUUAUGAGAAAGCCAUUUCGAUUAUUGGCAAGACUUUGGCUCCUUUUGAUGACGACAACUUGAUUCCUUGUCUUGGUUUUGGUGAUGCUACGACUCAUGAUAGCGAAGUGUUUAGCUUUCAUGCUGAUGAUUCUUCAUGCCAUGGAUUUGAGGAAGUUUUGGCCUGCUAUCAAAAAAUUGUUCCAAACUUGAGUCUUUCAGGACCAACUUCAUAUGCACCGGUGAUUGAGGCUGCAAUGGACAUUGUUGAGAAAACUCAUGGCCAAUUCCAUGUGUUGGUUAUUGUUGCAGAUGGCCAGGUUACAAGAUAUGGCAACAAUGAAGGUGGGAAACUUAGUCCUCAAGAAGAGAAAACAAUAAAAGCAAUCGCUGAUGCAAGUUCAUAUCCUCUUUCUAUUGUUCUGGUUGGAGUUGGUGAUGGACCUUGGGAAGAUAUGAAAAAGUUUGAUGACAAGUUACCUGCACGCGAUUUCGACAAUUUUCAGUUUGUUAACUUCACCGACAUUAUGUCUAAGAAAAUAAGCCCUUCUGCAAAAGAAGCUGCUUUUGCUCUGGCUGCUCUUAUGGAGAUACCUUUCCAAUAUAAAGCAGCUCUUGAGCUCGGAUUACUUGGUCGUGCAACGGGAAGGGCAAAGAAAAUGGUUCCAAGACCUCCUCCGGCUCCUUAUUCUCGACAUAUGCCACCAGAACAUUUUCUGAGCAGAAUGCCAACAUCAUCCAUGGAUGACCAGCGAAACCAAAUGGAAUGUGCUAUAUGUCUGACCAAUAAAAAGGAUUUGGCCUUUGGAUGUGGUCACAUGACCUGCAGAGAUUGUGGAUCAAGAUUAAGUGAUUGUCCGAUAUGCCGCCAAAGGAUCACCAAUCGCCUAAGGGUGUUUACGGGAUGACUUUAGCAUGAAAAAUCAUGUACAUUAAUUAACUGUAUCAUAUUUAUGUAUGAUAGUGGCUUUUAAGAGUGGUUAAGAAUGGCCAUGCAGCCAUGCUUUGCAUAAUAUGAUAGCUUGGAUUUGUAGGAAUGGUUUGGGAGUGAAGAAUCAUAGUAUGAAUUUGAAGAAAUUCAUAUUGAUGGCUAGCUGUAAAAUAUUGUACAUACUGCUUUAUUUGUUUCUUCUGUUAAAUUUUUACUUGUGUUUUCAAGGAUUCUACCA